AUGCAUCCCAGAAAUCCAUACAAAGAUAAACCUCCAGACUUUAACUCACUUGCCAAUAAAUACGUGGAAUUCCGAUCUCGGUGCCAUAUUGGUUCUAAUGGAAAGUUAAGAAUUGAUUUCCGUGAUUCAAGUGCUGUCCGGGCUUUAGCUCGAACUUUGCUGCUGAGUGAUUUCGAUUUAGACGUUGAGAUUCCUGUGGAUUGUCUUGUACCACGUAUACCUCAACGUCUGAAUUACUUACUUUUCAUCGAUGAUCUACUCAAAAUAAAUGGAAUUUCGAAAGAUGCUCUUGGCAUCGAUAUUGGAACUGGUGCAUCAUGUGUGUACGCACUUCUAGGUGCGAAGCAAUACAACUGGAAAUUUCUGGCUACUGAUAGUGAUCCUUUUGCCGUAGAGGUGGCUAGUAGAAACGUAGAAAGAAAUUGCUUAAAUGAAAAAAUCGAAGUCGUUCAAGAUGUUGUUUUUUCUCGUCCAGAAGCCGAGUUCACAUUUUGCAUGUGUAAUCCGCCAUUUUAUGAGUAUGGUGAAUCAGAAGAGAAGUUCAGGUACUUGAAAGAGAAUGUUUUGACAAACGUUAUCGGGGGCUCGAGUUGCUCAGAUCGGCCAGCUCCUCAUUCGGCUACGGUGGCUAGAAGUAAUGAGUUGGCUGUUACGGGCGGAGAAAUCGCAUUCGUUUCUCGUUUAAUUGAAGAUAGUUUUAUUUUGCAAAAUACUGUCAAAUUCUACUCAUCAAUGGUCGGAAAAAAAUCAAGCCUAGUUGAAUUACGUAAGAAAUUAGGGCGUUGUUUGAAUGUACGAUCAAUAGUGACGAGACUCUGUCAGGGCAAAACUCAUCGCUGGGUGCUUGCAUGGACAUUCGAGUCUCAAAUUAAACUGGUUGAACCAACAAAAUAUUCCUCGCCUUUAAAACUCCGCUUGCCAUCAGUUCUAGAAGACAAAGAAAAAUGUCUUACUUGGAUAACGGCAUUAUUAACUACUCUGGAAGUUUCCUUUGUAAAAGAAGAUAAUGGUAGCUUCUUAUGUAAAGCUAUUAAAAAUACGUGGUCACAACAGCGACAAAAGCGCAGAGCGGGGCGAAAUGUGAAUGUUCGUUCACCCUUGAGCAAACGUUACUGUUUCGAUCAAAACAGUGUUGGUUGCUCGGUUAAUUUAAAUACCGGUGUUCAUGAAAUCAGUUAUAACAAUGUCGGUAGUUCAGAAUGUAUCGAGUUGAGUGGAAGUGAGAAAAACAAUAAUGUGCGGGAUGUUUCUAUUCAAGCUUGUGUAGAGUCAAAUACUGAAGUGCAGCCCUUAAUUUAUUUCACGUUAACUAUAUUGCCAACUGAGAACUCUCUUCGACUGUGUUGUUUAGAAGGCUCUCGUAAUUCUUUACAUCAAAUUUGGCAGUUUUGCAAAAAUCAACUCACUGCAUUGGAACGAUCCUAUCAAACAUCAUCUUCAUAA